CCUCAGUAAGCAGAUUUAUGCGGACGGAUUUAUGCUCUCGCCUUCUGAUUCGUCCACUCUGCUAACUUAUUCCCUCGGGAGCGGGCUGAGGAGACGGCAGGGAGGCUGAUCCACAUAAUGCUACGGGUGUUUUGCAGCAUCAGCCCGGUAAAUGUAGAAGAGAAGUGAAACAAGGACCGGAUCAGGCGGAUAAAGCAGAGUCACUGUGCGCUGCGAGGCUUUUGCGCUUGGAGAGCGGAGCGCACGGCGCGCAGUGCGCAAAAGGGGCGCCUCCGAUGAGCGUGCUCACGGGGAAACUCACACAGACUUCACAUGUAAGGCUCACACUUAUCUCAAGGCUGCUGGAUACGGCUCAUAGAUGAAAACUGCUCCGGAGAGGGUCCUUCUCCGUCGGACAAGGAGCCCGUCAGUCUGCGGCGCACGGCCGAACACCGGCGACCAUGUCGGACAUCUCCACUGAUUUCAACAACGACACGCUGCCGGCGGCUGCGGUCACAAACUACAAUUUCCCAGCGCUCAUAUUCGGGAUUUUGCUGAUUGUGAUCAUCACCGGAGGGAACGUGCUCGUGUGCCUCAGCGUGCACUUGGAGAAGGCUUUAAAAACGACCACAAACUACUUCAUAGUCAGUUUGGCGUUUGCAGACUUGCUGCUGGCGGUUCUGGUUCUGCCGCUCUUCGUUUACGCAGAGUUCCAGGGUGGAGUUUGGUCCUUAAACAUGCUUAUGUGUGAUGGUCUGAUGACCAUGGAUGUGAUGCUGUGCACCGCAUCCAUAUUCAACCUCUGUGCCAUCAGCGUGGACAGGUUCAUUGCAGUGUCCAUUCCCCUAAACUACAACCGUAAACAUGUGGACCAUCGUCAGCUCAUCCUGCUGUCGGCUACCUGGCUGCUGGCCCUGGCCGUGGCCUCCCCUGUCAUCUUUGGCAUCAAUAACGUGCCUGACCGCGAUCCCACUGAGUGCAAACUAGAGGACAACAACUACGUGGUUUAUUCCUCAGUCUGCUCCUUUUUCAUCCCCUGCCCCAUCAUGGUCCUGCUCUACUUUGGGGUUUUCCGCGGGCUGCGGCACUGGGAGGAGGCCCGGAAGGUCAAACUGCGCAGCAGCAUCGAAGCCUGCAGGAAGCUGCAGCAUGCAGCUGUCGCCACCGCCCUCCCCCCGCUGACAGGCACCAUCCCCGGGCCUCUGCCCAUGCCUCUACCCAGGAUCAUCGAGAGGGACUUGGCGCAGUCUCGGCUGGACGACACUGGCGACUACAUUCAGCAGGAGAUUCCUUAUCCUCGGCAGUACAGAGAGAACUCAGUGCCCUCACUGACGUUCAGCCAUCAGCUGCACAGGAAGAAGAGAGCCAAGAUCAACAACAGGGAGAGGAAAGCUAUGAGGGUGCUACCUGUCGUAGUAGGUUGCUUCUUGUUCUGCUGGACUCCGUUCUUCGUGGUUCACACGACGCGGGCCGUGUGUUUGACGUGCGACAUCCCUCCCAGUCUGAUGAGCACGGUCACCUGGCUGGGCUACGUCAACAGCGCUCUCAACCCCAUCAUCUACACCAUCUUCAACACCGAGUUCAAGAAAUUCUUCAAGAAAUGUUUCCGCACCUGCUGCUGACACCAGAUUCUCCUCCGCGGACACUACGGGGGGAAAGGAACCGGGAGAUGAUGAAGCUCAGCCGGGUGAAAACACUUUGGUUUCGCUUGGAUUAACAGCAUAUAAUUUAUAAUUGGGAAGUCUUGGGCUUCCAGCUCAGCUUCGGGCUGCCGGCUGGAUGUGGAUGGCUGAUGGUAUCUGGCUGACAGGAAAAAAUACACGUUCAAACACUGCUAAAGAAAGCAGUUACUGGGGAUAUAUAUUGCAUUUCUGGGUCCAUUUUGUCAUUUGGUGAUGUACUUUCUUGAUCCUCUGGGAUUACUGUCCAAACAAAAUGAUGAUGUUGGGGUGGAAGCUGCAAAAAAAAAAAAACAGCUACGCACUGACACAAACUCCCCUGUCUGCGAGGAGCUUUUCACCAAAUUCAGUUUGUCUGUACAGCACUUCUUUUUCUUUUUUUUGGAGAGUACUGUAUAUCAGCCGCGGUUGAAGUUACGGUCUGCCAGUUUCAGUGAACGACGUGGGAUUUGUCCAGAGCCUGCUCUGCCUGAAAGAGCAAAAACGUCCCCUGGAUGCAGAAAGCCUGAAUAAGCUUCAACAGACCAGAAUGUUAAACAGCUGAAAGGAACCGAAAGUGACUAAAAGAAAUCCUCUAAAAUCAGACAUUGAUCUUCACUUUCUUAUACAGUUUUGACAUUUUGGGAAAUACACUUAUUCUCUUUCUUGCUGAGAGUUAGAAGAGAAGACUGAUACCACUCUCAUGUCUCAUGUCUGUACGCUGAGUAUAAAGCUACAGUCAUUAGCCAGUUAGCUUAGCACAAAGACUGGAAACAGGGGGAAGCAGUUGGUUCCAAUUAAGAGGCGCAUUUCUUUUUGUUUUAUCCGUCCAAAAGCCAAAGUUAAAAAUAGUUAAUAGAGAUCAAUAUCUGUUCAACCACCUUAAUUAUCUGUAUUGGUAUCUGUGCUUUACCCCAAAAUCAAAAAUACAGAUUUUUCCUUUUAGCUGUAGUUGUACUUUUGGUGUGAGUUGCUGAGUUUUGGAGAUAUCUGCCUUCUCUCCAAUUAUACUUUUGUGAUAUAGUUGCCGGGUAUAGGGAUGCACCAAUUGUGAAAUUCUGGGCCAAUACCAAUAACAAUAUUUAAAAUACCAAUUUGGCUGAUAACCAGAUGUUUCUUUGUUGUUAUUUAAUUUACUUUUUGUGCCAGGGAAAUAAAGAAAUGCACAAAGAUAAGUAUCUUGUGGCCAGUGAUGGGUGCAGUUCGGUAGAAAGAAAAUAGUUCCUCCAUUAAACUGCUCCCUACAAGGUUUGUGGAUUAUCUUGAGUAUUAAUUCUGGAGAGAGACAUUGAGUCUAUCUACAGCUCUGCCCAAAACUCAAAAAACAAAUCUAGAUCAGGAGCAACCUGUCUGGAGCUGCAAAACAUAUGUGAGCCCUAAAUAGAAAAGCUAAUACAUAUAUACCUAAUAAAUACCAGUAAGCCAGCACCAUUGGUGGUGAAAGCAAACCAAUCUGUCCUCGCACUAUUUAAUUCUCUAUUUUCCUUUGAAACUUUUCUUUUAUGGAUUUGAAACCAAAGCUGAACACAGCGUGUGGCGCUCGGUUAAGUGUCAUUAAAGGCAAGUCUAGUUGCCACUGCUAUUGAGGUUCGGCAAACAGAGCCACGGGUUGCCUUCCCCUGAUCUAGAUGGAUAAAUAGCACUACAGGUAAAAGGAAAAAUAUGUAUCUUUGAUGUUUGGGGUAGACUGUCCCUUUAAAGUUCACAUCAGUCCUCAUGCCUCUAUCGAAAGUCAUAAAACAUGAGAGUUGUUCUGGGAAACACCCGAAGCCACCAACUGAUCAAUGAGUAGAAGGCGGUCAAAGUCAACCAGAAAAUAUCAAAAAGGCUUCAUCAAAAAAAAAAAGACAUCUAACAGGAAUCUGAAGCAUGAUCCGAAUGCGUGUGAGCGGCCCGGGUGGAUUUGUCCCAGUAGGAUUAGCUGCCACAGCGACCUGAGGAGCAGAACUUGAAAGAUCAGCUACAUCCAGUCAACUGACAGUCACCCCCCCCCCGUCAUGGAUCACUGACUUCUUCUAUGAACUGUGUGUGAAUCAGUAAAAAGGUUCACAAUAUGGACCAGCUCAACGCAGCUUUUCAAAGUAAUUUUUAACACAUGUACGGAUACAAAACCUUUCAUACAACACUGCGUAGCAAUAUGCCUUAAACUCAAAGGAUGUACUGUCUGUCGUGGUAGAAGUCAUAGCACUCAAACCCUCAACACACUGAGGACAUUUACAGCAGCACCGACUUAAUAAGAUCUCUCAAAAAGUCAUUUUUAAGUUGUCAAGAACAUAUUUCCAUUCCUGUUUCAUAUAAAACCUUUUUUCAGCAUGUCGAGUUUAUAUUUGACACAUCGACACCCGUCAACCUCAAACGCUGAGGAGUCCCGACUUUCUCUGCUUUAAUGUGAUUCAUUCCGGCGCUGAGAGGACGACACAUCUACAUCUGUAAGUUAUAAUAAAUAAUGUAAUAAAAUACAAACAAGGGAGGAGGACAGGAUUCACUUCUGCUACUCUGGAAAGAAGAAACCUGCCCAGUAAUUAUUUUGCCGCCAUGACGAGUAAAUAUUUGCUCAGUUUCUUGUUAUAAACAGAAACAAAUAAUGUUUUAACAAGAUCCUUUUGAUAUGAUAACAGAAUAUAUUAGUAAGGCUGCAUGAUGUGGUAAAAACAUCAUAUUGUGAUUAUUCUGAGAUGUUGUGAUUGUGAUAUGAUUCAUGAUUAAUGUUAAAAACUCUUAAAAUCAUGAUGAUGUGAGUUUUUGGGGGUCUGUACCAUGAAAGAGAUGUAUUCUUAUACCUGGAUCUCUGCAGCACUACAGUACUUCAUUAUAAUGCUGUUCUGUCACAUAUAAUUGUGAUUUUGAUAAUAUUUUGAUUAACUGUGCAACCUUAUAUUUUAGACAGAUAAAGUAAAAUGUAUUUCCCACAGUUGCACAAACAAGUAAGGAAACUACAGGAUUUACAGGGACACUUAAUUACAGGGGUCACACAACAGAGGCACAAACACUCCACCUCCUGAAUCUGGAUCUCUAGUAACUUAAGAGUAGGUUACUUAUUUAAAGCUCGUGUGGCUGCAGGAGAAGAGCUCUUGUUAAAGAGGGCAGUAACCUCCGGGGCGUAAUGUGCCAGUGGAGUGGACGGUCUGCCUCAUGUGUGAUUGUGAGUGUUUGCUUUAAAGAGUUUCUGUGGUAUUUUUCUGCCUCUACCUUAUUCUCCCAGGGGUUUUUUUGUGUCAGAGUGAUUCAUGGGGACAAGUUCUGAAUUUGGUCCAGUAUUGAGUGAGACGUAAUCCUUAUGGGCACAAUUAUGACCGUUAGAAAGUGUUGUGACAUCUCGGGUGAGGUGACUUGUUGCAGGAAGACAACAGUGGAAGCGUGAGCGUAGUAAAGCCAGCAGAGAAGAGUUUGUAGUGGUGGAGGACAGAAGACAAAGACACGAUGAUGACGAUCCGAGGAGGGUGAACUGGCUUCUGCAAGUCGGCCACGCUCAGGAGACCGGUGGUGGUCCCGUGGGUGUCCACUGAGGAGAUUUCACAGAUUACACUACAACGUUUUCUUUCCAUAAUGCUGUCAGAACAAGCACUUUUAAUAGACGCACUUUGAUGAUGCACAGUUUUGCUGCUCCCCAUCAGUCACUUCGACACAAAAACACGAGAAAAUAAAGGUUGAAAAACACCGAAGUUACCCUUUAAAGAGUUUAUUAUUGGUGAUUGUAAGCAUUUGGGAAACAACAUAUGGCACUAUACAGACGAACUGGCUCAAUAAUGCUGCAGUGCAGGAACAGAAGAGGGUUUACAGAUGGCUGUUAGUCCCUGUCACAGUGGCUGUAAAUGUCAGAGCUGAUUGAAGCUGAAGUUAUUGUCCAGAGUAAACGCUGAAAGACCUCCUCCCCUCCUAAAGGGGGAGACCGGGGGCAUGAGCAGCGUUUCUGGGGGGAGUUAUGAAUUACCAGUGAAUGAAAAUGGAAUAAUUUGGUUUAUAAAAAGAAAUAUAAUCUUAUAACAUGAAAAAUAUUCCGUUGUAACAGGAUUUUAUAACGAGAAAGUGAUCUGAUAUUUGUUGUCAUGGUGGCAGUAAAACAUUAUCGUGUGUUGCACUAAAUUUCAGCUCCGAAUUAUCAAAUUUCCUUCCAGCAUUAUUAUUUCUGCUCCUUGAAACACUCAAUAUGGUUCCAUCUACUCAGCUUGAUCAAUGAUGUGAGAUAAAAAGCACCACAGAGGAAGUCACUUUAUUGUUAACGGAGUGAAAUUUGCUUUGAAAAAUGUUUAUUAUGAUGUUGAAUAAUAGGAAAACUCAACUGUGUCUUGAUAACGUCGCUCAUUAGUUAUUAUCCUCGUGUCAGGUUCUGUGAAAACGUUGUUUUAUGUCCUGAAACUGAAAGUAUUCUCGACUGCAGGAUGGCUUAAAAUUUGAGUGAUAUUGUCCUUUAAGCCAUGACUGCCUGUCACCACAGUAUGUAUGCUUGGUUACUGACUGUGCCUACUGUAUGCCAUAUCCACGUUUUAUGUGGAAACCUUUAUAAUAAAGUGUGUCAUCUUUCUAAA